UUUGUCCUCAUCAGAUGUCCACUUCUGUAAGAUGUAGCUAGUCAGUGUCGAUAACCCGUGGCUCUCUAAAAUACAAUCAUGUCGGCGAAAGGAGGUGGAUCAAAAGGAUUUUAUUUCAAUACAGUGCUUUCUCUGGCACGGUCUUUGGCUGCAAAUCGACCAGCUCCGAUUGAAAAGGUUCAGAAACUGCAAUGCAUGUGCCCAGUGGAUGUUCGUGGCGUGUAUCAGCUGGACGAGAGGAGGAGGGAUGCGGUCAUCGCACUGGGGGUCUUCCUGGUGGAGUCAGAACUACAGCACAAAGAGACAAUCGUUCCAUACCUCCUGGGUCUGCUGAGGGGACUGCCGAGGGUGCAAUGGAUUGAAGAGAACUCUGAGAGGAAGGGGAGGGAUACCCUCCCAGGUGCAGAGAACUUCUGCUUCUGCCUGGUCACCCUGCUGUCAGAUGUGGCUCAACAGGAUGAGGCUCUGAGAUCACAGAUUUUAGAGGCGGUGAUGAACCUGAUGCAGGUGCUGCAGGAGGCGUGCCAGAACCCAGAGGCUCAGGAUAAAGAGAGCCUGUGCAGGUACACCGUGCCGUCCCUGCUGGGCGUGGUGCGGGCGUUCGGUCGCUACAGCAACACGGACGAGCCGCUCCUGUCCAAGCUGUUCCCGCGAGCGUGUCCGCAGCCGCUGCUCCUGGGCGAGGACCUGGAGGCGGCGCGCCGGCGCUCCUUCCACGACUUCCGCUCCAUCCUGCCCAGCUCGCUGCUGACCGCCUGCCAGAGCGACACCAUGCGCCGCAAGGCCAGCGGCAGCUCCAGCGUCUCACAGCAGGCCAGUCCAGAGCGCGGCCCGCUGCCCCCCAGCUCCCCUGCUGACCCCUCGGCCCAGUACUUUGAAGGCUCCUACCUGCCUGACGGCAGCGCUGUGGAUCCAGACUACUACUUCUCCACCAUCAGCUCCAGCUUCUCCGUGUCGCCACUCUUCACCGGCUCUGGGCGGGAGUUCAGCGUGCCCCUGGAGGUCCUCAGGAGACUGCUGGCCAUGGUGGAGCAAUUUGUGGCCGAGACCUUCCUCAAGGCACUGGACACCACGCUCGCCGAGGUCUUGGAGCUUAAUCCAGGCAUUCAUCUGUACUACAAAACCUUCAGUGAUCCACUUUAUGUGGCCAUAUUCAAGAUGCUAAGGGACACACUCUACUAUAUGAAAGACCUGCCGACGGCGUUUGUGAAGGAGGUGCACGACUUUGUGCUGGAGCAGUUCAGCAGCAGCCAGUCGGAGCUGCAGCGCAUCCUGCACGACGUGGAGUACCUGCACAGCGAGCUCAGCCCGCUCAAGCUGCGCUGCCAGGCCAACGCCGCCUGCGUCGACCUCAUGGUGUGGGCCGUCACCGAGGAGCAAGGAGCUGAGAACCUGUGCACCAAGCUGUCCGAGAAACUGCAGUCCAAGACGUCCAGUAAGGUCAUCAUCGCUCACAUGCCCCUUCUCAUCUGCUGUCUACAGGGCCUGGGCCGCCUGUGCGAGCGCUUCCCCGUGGUGGCCCACUCGGUCACCACCUCGCUCAGGGACUUCCUGGUGGUCCCCUCUCCAGUGCUGGUCAAGCUCUACAAGUACCACAGCCAGUACACUACAGGGACUGGAGAGAUCAAAAUCCAUGUCACCAAUGAGCAUGCCCAGUCCACAUUCAACGUCCACUCUAAGCAGAAGAGUCAGCCGUCCAUGUAUGAGCAGCUCAGAGAUAUCUCCAUUGACAACAUCUGCAGAUCUCUGAAGUCCGGUUUGACCAUGGACUCGGUGAUUGUGGAGGCUUUCCUGGCGAGCUUGUCCAACCGCCUCUACAUCUCCCAGGAGAAUGACAAGGACGCUCACCUGAUCCCGGACCACACCAUCCGUGCGCUGGGCCACAUCGCGGUGGCGCUGCGCGAGUCUCCGCGGGUGAUGGAGCCCAUCCUGCAGAUCCUGCAGCAGAAGUUCUGCCAGCCGCCCUCCCAGCUGGACGUGCUCAUCAUAGACCAGCUGGGCUGCAUGGUCAUCACCGGCAAUCAAUAUAUCUACCAGGAGGUGUGGAACCUGUUCCAGCAGAUCAGUGUGAAGGCCAGCUCAUUGGUCUACUCCACCAAAGACUACAAGGACCACGGAUACAGGCACUGCUCGCUGGCGGUGAUCAACGCGCUGGCCAACAUCGCGGCCAACCUGCAGAACGAGACCAUGGUGGACGAGCUGCUGGUCAACCUGCUGGAGCUGUUUGUGCAGCUGGGCCUGGAGGGCAAGAGGGCCAGCGAGCGCGCCAGCGAGAAGGGCCCCGCACUCAAGGCAUCCAGCAGUGCUGGAAACCUUGGCGUUCUCAUUCCCGUCAUCGCCGUGCUGACCAAACGUUUGCCCGCGAUCAAAGAGGCCAAGCCGCGACUCCAGAAGCUCUUCAGAGAUUUCUGGCUGUACUCUGUGGUCAUGGGCUUUGCAGUGGAGGGCUCUGGGCUGUGGCCAGAGGAAUGGUAUGAGGGCGUGUGUGAGAUCGCCACCAAGUCUCCACUCCUCACCUUCCCCAGUGGCGAGCCUCUUCGCUCUGAGCUGCAGUACAACUCCGCCCUUAAGAACGACACCGUCACCCCGGCUGAGCUGAACGACCUGAGGAGCACCAUCAUCAACCUGCUGGACCCUGCAGCCGAGUCGGCGACCCUCAUCAACAAGCUGGACUUUGCCAUGUCCACCUACCUGCUGUCGGUCUAUCGGCUGGAGCACAUGAGGGUGCUUCGCUCCCAAGACUCGGACCGCUUCCAGGUCAUGUUCCGAUACUUUGAAGACCGGGCCAUCCAGAAGGACAAAUCAGGGAUGAUGCAGUGUGUCAUCUCCGUGGGUGAUAAAGUCUUUGAGCUCUUUCUUCAGAUGAUGGCUGAGAAGUCCAAGACCAAGUCUCACGAGGAAGAGCUGGAGCGGCAUGCCCAGUUCCUGCUGGUCAACUUCAACCACAUCCACAAGCGCAUCCGUAGAGUGGCUGACAAGUACCUGUCUGGACUGGCUGAGACCUUCCCUCACCUGCUGUGGAGCGGCCGAGUGCUGAAGACCAUGCUGGACAUCCUGCAGACGCUCUCUCUGUCCCUCAGCGCUGACAUCCACAAAGACCAGCCGUACUACGACAUCCCAGACACACCCUACCGCAUCACUGCACCAGACACAUACGAAGCCAGAGAGAGUAUUGUGAAGGACUUUGCUGCUCGCUGUGGGGAGAUUCUGAAGGAGGCCAUGAAGUGGGCCCCAUCCGUCACCAAGUCCCACCUGCAGGAGUACCUGAACAAGCACCAGAACUGGGUGUCGGGCCUGUCCCAGCACACGGGCCUGGCCAUGGCCACCGAGAGCAUCCUGCACUUCGCCGGAUACAACCGCCAGAGCACCACGCUCGGGGCCACCCAGUUGACGGAGAGGCCAGCCUGUGUGAAGAAAGACUACUCCAACUUCAUGGCCUCGCUCAACCUCAGGAACCGUUACGCUGGAGAGGUUGCUGGGAUGAUCAACUUUGCGGAGGCGACCCACAGCACGUCAGACCUGAACCGUCUGAUGAUGGGGCAGCUGAACGUGGCCCUGGAGAGUGGGCAGCCAGAGGCCUUCACUGAGGCCAUGUUCAAACUGGCCGCCCUUCUCAUCAGCUCCAAAGAGUGCGACCCUCAGCUGCUCCACCACCUGUGCUGGUCUCCUCUGAAGAUGUUCACGGAGCACGGCAUGGAGACGGCCAUCGCCUGCUGGGACUGGCUGCUGGCUGCCCACACUGGAGUGGAGGUCCCGUUCAUGCGUGAGAUGGCCGGGGCGUGGCAGAUGACGGUGGAGCUGAAGAUGGGGCUCUUCUCGGACGCCCAGGUGGAGGCCGACCCGCUGGCCGCCUCCGAGGAGAGUCAGCCCGUGCCCUGCCCCCCCAACAUCACCCCGCACCACAUCUGGAUUGAGUUCCUGGUCCAGAGGUUCGAGAUCGCUAAGUACUGCAGCGUGGACCAGGUGGAGAUCUUCGGCAGUCUGCUCCAGCGCUCGCUGGCGCUCAGCGUGGGCGGACCCAAGAGCAGCCUCAACCGCCACGUGGCCGCCAUCGGGCCGCGCUUCAGGCUGCUGUCUCUGGGUCUUGCUCUGCUGCACUCGGACAUGGUCACCAACGCUACCAUCCGGAACGUUCUGCGUGAGAAGAUCUACUCCACCGCUUUUGACUAUUUCAGCGUCGCUCCCAAGUUCCCCACACAAGGGGACAAGCGCCUGAGGGAGGACAUCAGCAUCAUGAUCAAGUUCUAUGCCAGCAUUCUGUCGGACAAGAAGUACCUGGCGGCCUGCCAGCUGGUGCCACCUGGUGAGCUUGGCGCCAAUCCCCCCCCGAGCACCCUCUCUGCCGGGAUUUUCGGAUCGCUAAUUGUUUCCAGCACUUCUCCGAUAUCGAUAUUGAACCAGCAGGACCCGUCUCUGAACAGCCUGUCGGUGAUGAACGCGACCGACCCGCGCAGCAUGGACGUCAGCUCCCGGCAGCAGAGCGGCCAGGGCUGGAUCAACACCUACCCGCUCUCCAGCGGCAUGUCCACCGCCUCCAAGAAGUCAGGCAUGUCAAAGAAGAGCAACCGAGGAACUCAGCUGCACAAGUACUACAUGAGACGCAGGACCCUGCUGCUUGCCUUACUGGCCAGUGAGAUCGAGCGCCUGACCACCUGGUACAACCCGCUGUCCACCCAGGAGCUGGCCAUCCCGGUGGAGCAGUCGGUGGAGACCAGCAUCGCCAACUGGAGGUCCAAGUACAUCAGCCUGAGCGAGAAGCAGUGGAAGGACAACGUCAACCUGGCGUGGAACAUCGCCCCUUACCUGGCCAUGCAGCUGCCCGCCAGGUUUAAGAAUGCAGAGGCCAUCGUUGCCGAGGUGACGCGCCUCGUCCGACUGGACCCAGGUGCAGUCAGCGAUGUCCCAGAAGCGGUCAAGUUCCUGGUCACAUGGCACACCAUAGACGCUGACUCCCCAGAGCUCAGUCACAUCCUGUGCUGGGCCCCGGCCGACCCCCCCACCGGCCUGUCCUACUUCUCCAGCCUGUACCCUCCCCACCCGCUCACCGCCCAGUACGGGGUCAAAGUGCUGCGCUCCUUCCCUCCCGAUGCCAUUCUCUUCUACAUUCCUCAAAUAGUCCAGGCUCUGCGCUACGAUAAGAUGGGCUACGUGCGCGAGUACAUCCUGUGGGCGGCGCAGAAGUCUCAGCUGCUGGCGCACCAGUUCAUCUGGAACAUGAAGACCAACAUCUUCAUGGACGAGGAGGCACACCAGAAAGACCCGGACAUUGGGGAGCUGCUGGAGCAGAUGAUGGAGGAGAUCACCGGGGGUCUGUCUGGGCCGGCCAAAGACUUCUACCAGCGCGAGUUUGACUUCUUCAACAAGAUCACCAACGUCUCCGCCAUUAUCAAACCCGUUCCUAAGGGAGAGGAGAGGAAGAGAGCCUGUCUGAAAGCCCUAUCUGACAUCAAAGUCCAACCUGGCUGCUAUUUGCCCAGCAACCCUGAGGCCAUUGUUUUGGACAUCGACUACAAGUCAGGCACCCCUAUGCAGAGCGCUGCGAAGGCUCCUUAUCUGGCCAAGUUUAAGGUCAAGCGGUGUGGGGUGAGCGAGUUGGAGAAGGAAGGUAUGCGCUGUCCCUCUGACUCUCUGGAGGACGGCGAUGAGAACUCCGAGAAUGCCCGGCGGGUGUGCUGGCAGGCGGCCAUCUUUAAAGUGGGCGACGACUGCAGACAGGACAUGCUGGCGCUGCAGAUCAUUGGCCUGUUUAAGAACAUCUUCCAGCUGGUUGGACUGGAUCUGUUUGUGUUCCCUUACCGAGUGGUAGCCACGGCCCCAGGGUGUGGGGUCAUCGAGUGCAUCCCUGACUGCAAGUCACGUGACCAGUUGGGGCGACAGACGGACUUUGGCAUGUAUGAUUAUUUCAGAAAUCAGUAUGGGGACGAGUCUACGUUGGCCUUCCAGAAGGCCCGUUAUAACUUCAUCCGCAGCAUGGCUGCCUACAGUCUGUUGCUCUUCCUGCUCCAGAUCAAAGACCGACACAACGGCAACAUCAUGCUGGACAGCAAGGGACACCUCAUCCACAUCGACUUCGGCUUCAUGUUUGAGAGCUCCCCCGGUGGCAACCUGGGCUGGGAGCCCGACAUCAAGCUGACCGACGAGAUGGUGAUGAUCAUGGGCGGCAAGAUGGAGGCCACCCCCUUCAAGUGGUUCAUGGAGAUGUGCGUGCGAGGAUACCUGGCUGUCAGGCCCUACAUGGAUGCGGUGGUGUCCCUGGUCACCCUCAUGCUGGACACAGGGCUGCCGUGCUUCAGGGGGCAGACCAUCAAGCUCCUCAAGCAGAGGUUCAACCCAGCCAUGAGUGAGAAAGAGGCCGCGGCCUUCAUGAUCAAAAUCAUCCAGAGCUGCUUCCUCAGUAGCAGGAGCAAAACCUACGACAUGCUUCAGUACUACCAAAACCAGAUCCCCUACUGAGCAUCAGUCAGGAGGACUGUCAUCUUUCUCAACACAUCUCCAUGUCUCUCUCUCUCUACAUGUGUGUGUGUGUGUGUGUGUGUGUGUGUGUGUGUGCGUUUGAAAUCAGGGGUCUACAAGCAAUGAUGACAUAAAAAAAUGCACUUUACAAACCUUUAGAUAUUUCACAGACCCCUGACUUUGCCAGUCAAUCCCAUUGCUGUGUUCAUGAACGUAGUCAAUCAUCGAUAGCCAGUUUGAACUCUCAGCCGCUGUACUUAGCAUCACCAUUUUUAAUCAUUUCAGCUCUGGGCUACUGUAAUCCGCAUGUACUGUACAUCUAAAUGGUGUUGACGAUUGAUUUUUAUUUUGUGACUCUCUUUUAACCCUGUAGUUACUGUGGUGCACGUCCAUAUUUGGAACAUUCCAUUCAGUGUGUGUGUGUGUGAAGCAGUCUUGACCUUUAACUUGAACCUUCAGGAUUGGUCCUCACUGACCGUACGUGCUGGAGAGGACAGAGCGUCUGGCCUGUCCACCAAUCACCGGUGAGAGAUGAACGAUGUGCUGCAAAAACCCCUAGACCAAUACCCUCACCCCUUAGGCUCCGACCAUCUGUCUCUCCCAGUGUGCGGCCGGUCAGUGAGGACCCUCAGGGUUUGGUCAGUUAGCAUAACCCAAGAAGCUAUACCACCAACUGUACCAACCUAUUUGCCCUGCAGGCCUUGGGGCCCGUUAUGCAACCUGUGCACGUCUUAAUCACCGAUUGUGUUUUCGACUGAACCGUUUUACAGACGUAUGUGUCAUGUGUUUUACCUUGUGAGUGCAGAGACUUUGUCAUACCCGCACCCCUGUGUCAGGAGAUAGUCCUUUAACUGACAGCUGUAUUACUUUUUAGAUGUAUUUUAAUUCUGGGGAAAUGGAUGUUUACUUGUAGACUAUCAACUAAGGUCAUGUAUUUGGGAUUAAGUCUUAGAGUAGGACCCAUCCCACUCCCAUGUUCUGUGUAUAUAAAUAGGUUUUAUUGUGGAUUUUAACCAGAGGACGUAAAAAGAGACGAAAAGGGAGAAAAUGAACAUUUGCGGAGGCUGUAUCGAGAUUGAGUCUUAUUCGCGUUAGUAAAUGUAAUAUUUCAUACCAUAGAUAUAUAUAUAGAGAGAUAUUAUUUUUCACAUUUCACCUUUUACAUGGCUGAGUCAUUGCAGUUUUGUUGACCCCUCCCACUCACUCCGUCCUUUUAUCUGCGCGGCCUCCCACCACCGGUCCCCCACUCCCCCCCCACACACACAUGCUGCUUUCCGGCCUUCUGCCGGCCUUUGGCCCUGGUAGUGUGCUGACGGCAGCCAUAAAGGCAGAGAGGGGGGGGGGGGCAGGAGAGGCGCAGGACAGGGGCCCGGGGGGAGGUGGGCGUUUAGGUGGGGGGUAGGGAGGAGACGGACCCUCCUGAUGCACUGACACUGGCCUGUAUGACUGGCCUGUGGCGGAGCUCGAGAUGUGGACUGGGAGCCACCCCUCCCCCGUCCGCUCCGCUCCACACCACACCACACCACGCCACCCCCCGCUACACACGUCCUCUGACAGCAGGUCAUGUGGGAUUCAGGGGCUUUAUUAUGUGAACUUUGUUCAUUGGUAAUCAUGGGUCAUGUGUGUCUGUGAGUGUGGAUGGAUGUAUGUGUGUGUGUGUGUGUGUGCAAAUGAGUGAGUGGUCGAACGUGUGACAUAACGUCCAAGCUCCAUCAUUUGAAAUGUACAUGUUUGAUCAGAUUCCAAAUAUAAACGACAGU